GCGCGGAGCUCUGCAAAGCGGCUUCCCCCUUAAAACACGCCGUCCUCGCGCCGGAGCACGCAGUACCGCGCAGACAUGGCCAGCUCAACCUUCUCCCUACUCGUCGCAGCUGUGCUGGUGGUGGCGGUGGCGGAGGUGUGCCUCGCGCAGCUGUGCUCGCACUGCGAAUGCCUGCCGGAGCCAUCCAGCCGGCAGCUGUGCGCCCGCCAGGAGAGGACCGGCAAGUUCCGCGGCUUCCGGUCGCGCUGCGAACUCGACUGCUCCAACCGUUGCCGCAAGGACAAAUACGUGUUUGUGGCAAAUGGACGCUGCGGCAAGUACCUGGCUACGAGCACACCACCGACCGACGGUGGCGGCUCCAAGCGGCCGGCCCGUGGACCAGUGGAGGGGAGUGUGUUCGGCCCGCUGAUGCAGCUGCUGAUGCAGGCGGCGCCCAGCUCGUAACCCAAGCCGGCGGCCCGCCAGCAGAUACCGACCGUACCUGUCCGUCGAGGAGAGCACCUUCGCCUAAAUACUUGUGCCAGCUAGGGAAUUAAGAACAUUACUUCCAGCUACAUUAGUGGUUCCUGUAAUCGAAGGCUAUAUACAGCACCCUGCAUGGGACGCUUCCAUUUUACAAAACAAAUAAACUGUAUCACCAAAUGCAUAUCAUCUGAAUCUCUGUGAUAAAUUAUUUACUGUGUACUAGUCGUAAAACUAAAUAAAUGGAGAUGUCCCACGUC